AUGGCUCAUAAAACGCCUGAAUUCGAUCAGCUCGUGCUGGAGAAGAUUAAAGAAUUCAACGUGCCAGGUCUCUCGCUUGCCGUCGUGCAGGGCGAUGAUAUCUACUCAAAGGCAUAUGGCUAUUCGAAACUACCCGACGUCGAGACAAAUACAGAUACCCUCUUUGACCUGGCAAGCACGUCCAAGAGUACCACUGCAGGAGCCGUCGCACUUCUUGUAGACGAUGAGAAGUACACAGACGUACAAUGGACAACACCUGUUUCGAAGAUCCUUCCAGACGACUUCGUCCUUCCUGACCCAUAUCUUACAGAGCAGGUUACUAUUGAAGACAUAUUAAGUCAUCGUAGUGGCAUUGCUACUCAUGACGAAUCGUACUUGAGUGCCCGCGCGAAACAUCCAGACAAUCCAAAGUCUUUGACCCGCAACCUGCGCAAUCUUGAAUUCGUCAAGCCCCUUCGCACCGAGCAUGUAUAUUGUAAUAUCAUGUUCAGCGUCGCGGUGCAUCUUAUCGAGACUGUCAGUGGAAUGUCCUAUACCGAUUUUAUAAGGACAAAGCUCUGGAAACCCCUCGGCAUGACCAAUACAUUUCACGACAUCCCCGACAUUCAAGCCAGCAGCGACAAAGAUCGCAGAACAACGUCAUAUCACUGGCACAGCAGAUCUCAAUCCUACGCUACAAUACCUCACUAUCCUCCAGCUCCAGAAGGGCAUGGCGCAGGCUGUAUCUUCAGCAGUGCAGGCGACUACGCGAAAUGGAUCCGCGCUCUCAUCAAACGCGAUCCGAUUCUUUCCGAAGCGAGCCACAAGGCACUCGCCACGCCUCGCAGUUUUGACCUCCUAAGCAACGAGAAAUGGUCUAUACCCUUCAAAAGUGAAGAGCUUUACACCUUAGGCUUAAGCCUUACCAGCUAUCGCGGACACAAAUUGAUCGGACAUUACGGCUCAGUACCUGGAUUCAAGGCCAUGGUUUGCUUCAUGCCCAAGUUCGACUGGGGACUUGUAAUCUUCGGGAACUCGGAUAGCGCAGCCUAUGUCAAUGACAUUCUGAAGUUUACGCUACUAGACGAGGUUAUCGGUGUAAGGAAGGAAGAUCGCAUCGACUGGGGUACAUUCUUCAAGAACUUCCAAUCUAUGGAUGAUGCGGAAGAGGCGGAGAAACCUGAGUGGACGAAGGUCGAUAGUGUAGAGCCGCUCGGUAUUGUUGUGGGGAACAUAGCUGGUAGCUAUCACAACGUUGGGUACAAAGGCCCAACGCGUCAAUACCGACGGCGCGCCAUCAUCAAGAUGCUAGCAGAUGGUAAGAUCGACUCGCUAGAUACGCAUCUGGAGCAGUUCAAGCUCAAUGAUCAGAACAGACAAAUCGAUCUAACAAAUCUCUUAAGAGAAUAUGGUCAGCUGCUUGACGAGUACAAAGACUUAAAGAAGGCAUAUGAAGAGAAAGGCAGAAUCAAUGUCGUAAAGCCAGCAGCUGCAGGUGCCUCUACCGUGACUGCAGCAAUAAAGCCUCAAAAUCCUUAUGUCUUGGUGUUGAUAGACGGUAACAACUACAUCUUCAACUAUGAAUUCGUUCGCGAAAAGGAAGAAGGCGGAAUGCGCGCCGCUCGUAUGCUCAACGAAGCUAUAGAGAAGUACCUACAGCAAAGCGUUCCACAAGCCCGUUCCGCCCGCAUUCAUGUCAAGAUCUACGCGGACUUGACAAAUCUAUCUAAGCAGCUUGCAAGAUCUAAAGUUAUCGGUUUGGAAAAGCGAUCGCUAUCUCCGUUCUCUGCCGCGUUCACUCGGGCCAUCAGCCUCUUCGACUUCAUUGACGCUCUAGACGAAGAAGGCACUAAAUUCAAGAUUAGAGAACAGUUUAAAAUUGCUACCGAGGAUACAGCUUGCAGACACAUCUUGUACGCUGCUUGUCAUGAUCCGGCGUAUCUAGCUCAAUUGUCGCCCUUCAGCGGCAUACGCGACAAGAUUACCCUUGUCCAAGGGGCUGGAUGGAACUCAAAAUUCCACGAGUUUGGCCUGGAUGUCACCCAGUUUCCAACCAUCUUCAAAUGGUCCGAACCUUCCGCUGCUACACCAGCCAGCAAAGGCGCGUCAGCUACAGUACCUAAGCAAAAGGCAGUAGUAAGACCAAUACUUAAGCCUGUGUCUCCAACUCCUCGCAAAGAAUCAUGGAGGCGAGAUGGCUCUUUUAGUGUCUCAGACUCCGCAUUUGGCGAUCUAUCGCCUACAGAAACCAAUGGAUUCGAUGAACAAGACAGCGUUGGGUGGGAAGGACGAUCCGCAAACACUCAAAACGUCAAGAACGGCUCCACCUCCAACCCACCAAAGGACUCUCAGCUCUGCAAGUACUUCCGAAAAGGCUUUUGUAGCUUUGGCGAAAAAUGCCGCAACCAGCAUGUCCCAAAAGGUCUCGACGGCGUAAACCGCUCGACCUCAUCCCCACAACUCACAGACCGUGGCAACAUCUCCGCCAUCCUGCCACGAGCGCUAAGAUCACACGGCUUCAUCCCCCUGAAUACAUCCCACCAACGCAUAGACGCAUACCGUCCCUCACCCUCCGCAUCAGCCUGGAAGAUCUACAACGCACGUUUCGCAAAAGCCAAACCAUGCAACACCUUUCACCUGCAGGGGAAAUGCACUAAUCAUCCCUGUCUUUUUGACCACAACCCACUGGAGCGUGAAGCUAAGCAGGUGCUGGAGUAUGUCUUGAGUUGUAAUCCUUGUCCAAGGAAGGGGGCGUGUAGGAAGAAGGAUUGCUUUUAUGGCCAUCUUUGUCAGAAGGAUGGGUGUAUGGGGCAGAGUGGUGGUGGUGGUGGUGGUGGUGGUGGUGGGGGACUGAAGGCGUGUCGGUUUAAGGCUGAUUUGCAUUAUAAGGCGGAGGAGUGUAAGCUAGAGAGUUUGGUGCCGGCGAUGGAGGAUGAAGUGGCUGUGAAAGAAGUGGAGAUUGGUGGGAUGCAAUUGAUUGAUGGGGAAGAUUUUAUGUGGUAA